GCCCGGAGCGUUGCCGGUGUUCCAUGGCCAAGCCCGGCCCGGUCCGGCCCGGGGCUGAGCGGGGACAGGGAGCCGGAUUCCUCCGGCCGGCGGGAAGUUGACGCACCGGCCUAAGAAUAGCUCGGGCAGGGGGAGCGCGGACAGUGUUGCCGCCCAAGCUGCUGAUGAAAUCGCAGCCGGGAGCGUUGGAGUCUUUGGACCUUCCCAUGCUCGGGACCUUUGACUCAUAAAAGGCUCCUGCAAAAAGCGUCGGGAGCAGAAGAGGAGAAGAGGAGAGGAGGGAAGGAAGGAAGGAGGAGCUGCUGGAAGGAGCAGGGCCCGUCCCGGAGCGGGGGGAGCUGCGGGCGGACAGAGAAAGUCGCUGCAUGUGGAGUUUUCGGACAAGAUGCUCUCCCUGAAGAAAUACUUCACGGAAGGGCUGAUCCAGUUCACCAUCCUGCUGAGCCUGAUCGGGGUGCGCGUGGACGUGGACAGCUACCUGAGCUCGCAGCUGCCGCCGCUGCGCGAGAUCAUCCUGGGCCCCAGCUCUGCCUACGCCCAGACCCAGUUCCACCACCUGCAGAACACCCUGCACGGCUAUGGCAUCCACCCCAAGAGCGUCGAGCUGGACUCCUACUUCACCGCCCGCCGCCUGCUCAGCCAGGUGAGGGCUCUGGACCGGCUGCAGGUGCCCAGCACCGAGGUCAGCGCCUGGCUGGUGCACAGGGAGCCCGAGGGCGCGCAGCCCCCGCUGCAGGACGGCGGCGGCCGAGGGGACAGCGGGGACAGCGGGGCCGAGCAGGCCUUCGGGGAGGAGCUGGAGGAUCUGGGAGCUGUGGCGGCGCCCGUCAGUGGAGAUCUCACCAAGGAGGACAUCGAUUUGAUUGACAUCCUGUGGAGACAGGAUAUUGAUCUCGGCGCUGGGCGAGAGAUUUUUGACUACAGCCACCGUCAGAAAGAGAGCGAAGUGGACAAAGAGCUGAGCGAUGGGAGGGAGCGCGGGGACAGCUGGAGGAGUGCAGGGAAUGAGGUCUUGGAUAGAAUCCCGCUAGUUGAUGGAGAGACCGGGGAGAGUUUCCCUGCGCAGGUGCCCGGAGCGGAGGAUCAGACAGCCCUGUCCCUGGAGGAGUGCCUUAGGCUGCUGGAGGCCACCUUCCCCUUCGGGGACAAUUCCGAGUUCCCAGCUGCGGAUGUCUCCGCCCUGAGCGAAGCCGUGCCCGGGCAGAGCCGGGCCCCGGGCGGCCCCCCCAGCCUGCUGUCCCCUCUGCUGGCCGAGACCGAGUCGCCCUUUGACCUGGAGCAGCAGUGGCAGGACCUGAUGUCCAUCAUGGAGAUGCAGGCCAUGGAGGUGAACAGCACGAGCGCCGAGAGCCUCUACGGCGGCACCGGCGGGGACCUCCUGGCAUCCAACUACAGCCUGGCCCCCGGCACGCCCAUCAACCAGAACGUCAGCCUGCAUCAGGCCUCGCUGGGCAGCUGCUCCCAGGACUUCUCCCUCUUCAGCUCGGACAUCGAGAGCCCCUCCAUGGCGGGCGGCUCGGCCCUGCUGCAGCUGGCGCCCGACAACUCCACCGGCCUCAACAGCACCUUCGGCUCCACCAACCUGAGCGGGAUCUUCUUCCCGCCCCAGAUGAACGGCACGGCCAACGAGACGGCCGGGCCCGAGCUGCCCGACCCGCUGGGAGGGCUGCUGGACGAGGCCAUGCUGGAUGAGAUCAGCCUGAUGGACUUGGCCAUCGAGGAGGGCUUCAACCCCGUGCAGGCCUCGCAGCUGGAAGAGGAGUUCGAUUCCGACUCAGGUCUUUCCCUGGAUUCCGGCCACAGCCCCGCGUCCCUGAGCAGCUCCGAAGCCUCGUCUUCGUCGUCCUCUUCCUCUUCGUCCUCCUCCUCCUCCUCGUUUUCCGAGGAAGGCGCCGUGGGCUACAGCUCGGACUCGGAGAACGUGGACUUUGAGGAAGCGGAAGGGGCGGUUGGCUACCAGCCAGAGUACAGCAAGUUCUGCCGCAUGAGCUUCCAGGACCCGGCGCAGCUCCAUUACCUGCCUUACCUGGAGCACGUUGGCCACAACCACACCUACAACAUGGCCCCGGGCGCCCUGGACCCCGAGGAGCCCAAAGCGCCCGGCGCCGGCAAGAAGAGCGGCAAGGAGAAACCGUCCGAGCUGCUGGACAAGCAGCUGAGCCGCGACGAGCACCGCGCCAGGGCCAUGAAGAUCCCCUUCACCAACGACAAGAUCAUCAACCUGCCCGUGGAGGAGUUCAACGAGCUCCUGUCCAAGUACCAGCUGAGCGAGGCCCAGCUCAGCCUCAUCCGCGACAUCCGCCGGCGCGGCAAGAACAAGAUGGCCGCCCAGAACUGCCGCAAGAGGAAGCUGGACACCAUCCUCAACCUGGAGCGCGACGUGGAGGAGCUGCAGCGCGACAAGUCCAAACUGCUCAGGGAGAAGGUGGAGUUCCUCAAGUCCAUCCGGCAGAUGAAGCAGAAGGUGCAGAGCCUGUACCAGGAGGUGUUUGGGCGGCUGCGGGACGAGCAGGGCCGGCCCUACUCGCCCAGCCGGUACGCGCUGCAGUACGGCAGCGACGGCAGCGUGCUGCUGAUCCCGCGCGCGCCCGCGCCCGCCGAGCCGCAGCCGCGGCGCCAGGAGCGCAAGCAGAAGGACAGGAGGAAGUGAAGGCGGCGGCGGAAGGGAGAGCUGGGACGAGGGCCGAGCCUGGAAGUGCUUGCGGAGGGAACUUUGAUGCCUUCUUAUCCGAUUCUGUCUUCUGGAGCCGCACGCGGCGCCGGCGGCGCGCCGGGGACUCUGCGGGAGCGGCCGGCCCCGAGGGGGGGACGGAGCCCAGCCCA